AUGGAAAAUACAUCAGUUGAAUAUUUAGUCUCAAGAGAACCAUUAUGGAAGGUUUGUGAACCAGUCUAUGAAGCUUUUGAAAAAUGCAAAAUGGAAAAUGGUGAUGAUCCAGAAAAAUGUUUAAAUCGUUCAACUGCUGUUGUUGGUUGUGCAACUAAAGUUAUGAGAGAAAUCUCCAGCAAAUGUAAAAGCGAAUUAGAUGCUGCAGUUAAAAAUUGUGAAAAUAAUAAUAACAGAACCAUAGGAAAUGAAAAAGAAGAAGCCGCUUUAACUUCAUGUUUUGAUUCAAAAGUUUUCCCAAAAUUCUGUUAA